CUGCUUUACUCUGCCUGAAAUUUGCCGUUGAUUUGAUGCUUCUCAGAGACUGAGCCCCGUCGUGCUUCGGCGAAACUUAGCUUUCACUCUUCUAGCGAUUUCGCUUUAUCUUGAUCCAUCUCUUCGCAUCUAGGGAAGGAAGAGAAUCAGUUAUGGCUCUCUCCCUUGACUUGCAGGAUUUUCUGCUCCGUGCUCGAGUUCUGAAGCUCUACAGGCAAGCACUAAGGAUUGCACGAAGAGCUCCUGAUCAUUCAAGAGAUGAAUUGAAGCAGACAAUUAGGCGAGAGAUGGAGAGUAAUAGGAACUGUAAUGACAAGCAGAGGAUCCGUUUCUUGAUUAGUGAUGGCAUAGAGAGAUUAAAAAGUCUGGAUGAGAUGCUUGAUAUGCAAGGACACUGAUAAUCAGACCAUAGGAACUUCAUUUCUUUCUUUUAAGGAUAAUUGCAAUGGUAAUUUGAACAGCCUUCAUCUUUAGAUGACUGUUCUCUACUAAUGUUGUAUUGUUUCUUAACACUGUAACCCAGCACUUUGAUGCAAUCAUGUUGUAAACGAUGGAAAACUUCCUUCAAAAGCUCAAAUAAAAUAUAUGUUUGAGG